GUAGGAGCUUGACUUCCGGUUGGUAUUGGUCGCCUUCUCAACAUGGAGGCCGUGCCGCGGAUGCCGAUGAUCUGGCUCGACUUGAAGGAAGCCGGGGAGUUUCCUUUCGCCAGCGCCGUCCGACAGUACAUUUUGAAGCAUUAUGGUGAAAAUCCUGACAACUACAGCGAGGAACUGAAGAAACUCGAUCAGCUCAGACAGAGCGCUGUGAAUGUUACAAGAGACUUUGAAGGAUGCAGCACAUUGAGGAAGUACUUUGGACAGCUUCACUAUUUGCAGAGUCGCAUUCCCAUGGGGUUAGGAGAAGAGGCAGCUGUCCCGGUCACAUGGACGGAGAUCUUUUCUGGCAAGACAGUAACUGUUGAUGAGAUCUGCUAUGAACAGGCCUGCAUUCUAUAUAAUCUGGGGGCCCUUCACUCAAUGCUCGGAGCUGUGGAUAACAGAGUGACUGAGGAGGGCAUGAAGGUUUCCUGUACACACUUUCAGUGCUCAGCGGGAGCUUUCUCCUACCUACGGGAUCAUUUCAGCCACUCUUACAGUGUAGACAUGAGCCACCAAAUCCUCAACCUUAACAUUAACCUCAUGCUGGGACAAGCUCAGGAGUGUCUGCUGGAAAAAUCUAUGCUGGACAACAGAAAAAGUUUCCUAGUAGCAAGAAUCAGUGCCCAGGUGGUUGACUAUUAUAAGGAAGCUUGUCGUGCCCUGGAAAAUUCAGAGACUGCUUCACUUAUUGGGAAAUUUCAGAAAGACUGGAAGAAGCUGGUACAAAUGAAGAUUUAUUACUAUGCUGCAGUCGCACAUCUUCAUAUGGGUAAGCAAGCGGAAGAACAACAGAAGUAUGGGGAAAGACUUGCUUACUUUCAAAGUUCAUUGGACAAGUUGAACGAAGCAGUCAAGUAUGCAAAGGGUCAGCCUGAGACUGUUCAAGAAGCUCUGCGAUUUACUACGGAUGUAAUUGGUGGAAAGUAUAAUGCUGCUAAGAAGGACAAUGACUUCAUCUACCAUGAAGCUGUACCGCCCCUAGAUUCGCUUUCAUCUGUAAAAGGAGCAUCUCUGGUAAAAGCCCUUCCUGUCAACCCAACUGAUCCAAAUGUGACUGGUCCUGACAUUUUUGCAAAAUUGGUACCUAUGGAAGCUCAUGAGGCCUCAUCCCUGUACAGUGAAGAAAAGGCAAAAUUGUUACGAGAAGUGAUGGCUAAAAUAGAUGGUAAAAAUGAAGUAUUAGAGCAGUUCAUGGAUUCUUUGAGGAUUGACCCAGAAUCGAUAGAUAACUUAGACAUGUAUAAUCAUAUCCCGCCAGUCCUAAUGGAAAAGUGUGCAGCACUGAGUGUCCGCCCAGAUACUGUGAAAAAUUUGGUUCAGUCUAUGCAAGUUCUGUCUGGAGUAUACACUGAUGUUGAAGCAUCACUGAGAGAGUUUAAAGAUCUUAUAGACCAGGAUGAAUUAACAGAGCAGAAAUUUCAAGAGGCCACUGGAAAAAGGACAGCACCAAGUGGAGCGUCUGAACUCAGCAAGGAAUGGUCUAAGUACAUGGAAGUACAUGAGAAAGCCAGCUUUACCAAUACUGAGCUGCACAAAGCAAUGAAUUUGCACAUCAGUAACUUACGGCUGCUAAGUGGACCCUUGGAAGAUCUUCGUGCUGCUUUGCCAACUCCCACUGUCUCUGAUGAGGAAAAAGGCAUUCUCCAGAAUAUGAAGCGGAUUCUGUUGAAGGUUGAGGAAAUGAGAGACCAGCGCUCCUCACUCAUACAGCAGCUUAGAGAUACCAUUCAGAAGGAUGACAUCACUACAACGCUAGUGACAACAGACCAUUCAGAAAUGAAGAAACUUUUUGAAGAACAGCUGAAGAAAUACGAUCAACUAAAAGUGUACAUUGAUCAAAACCUUGCUGCCCAGGAAAACAUCUUGAAGGCCUUGACAGAUGCUAAUGUCAAGUAUGCUGCAGUUAGGAAAGCUCUCGCUGAAGCAGAACAUAAGUGGAACAUUACCAUCCAAAUGCUAGUAGCAUCUUAUGAAGCUUAUGAAGACCUGAUGAAGAAGUCUCAGGAAGGAAAAGAGUUCUAUGCAGAUCUAGAAAACAAAGUGACAAGGCUGUUAGAUAAAAUGAAAGACAUCUGUAAAUCUCAGGAAGACCAAAGACAACUAAUAAUGGAAAAGGAAUUGAAAAAGAAGCCGCCACCAAGGCCUACUGCACCAAAACCACUGCAUAAAAUCUCUGAUGCUGACCUUGAAUCUUUAUCAAGUAUCGAAGACCCAGAUAUGCAAACAUUUAACGCAGCAUUUACUUUUAACGAUCUUCCCAAUGAAUUGAAAAGCUUACCACCAAACACUUUAGCUGCGCACACAUGUGGAAUGUCUGUAGAUGGCAUUGGAUCGUAUCCCAUGGAGCCUUCUGGCUUUCCGAGGUUGAGGCAUUCAGAACCAGAGGCUUUCUUAGCUGCUAGGACUACCAGCGCACCACUACAACCACCGUUUCACGUUCAACAGUUCCACGACCCUGCUUCGACAUCUCGUCUCAUACAUCCAUAUUUUCAUGGGGGAACAGUUCCACCACCAGGUUCAGCUGGUGGUAUUGUUCAAGGUCCUUACGUGGGAAUAAGCCAUUCAGGGCCUCCUUCAGUUAGUGGUACAUCUGGUUUACCUACUCACAGAUUGGGUCCAUCUGUAUCCUGCCCAGUACUCCCUCGACAUAUCUCUGCUUCUUCACCUCCUCCUGCCUAUCCUGCUGUUACCAUGAUUAGAGAUCCCAUUCCAGGUCAGCCCCGGUUUGCACCUGGUCAUUUACCUCCAAGAGGGACUUCACCACAGCACAUGCCAAAUUCCAUGUCUAUUCCUGCUUCAGUGAGUCAUCCAACCAGUGCUGCUGGUCCUGCUGUAUCUUAUGGAAUGGGGCAACAAGUUUCCUCAACUGUGCCUGUACCUGUUAACACUGGUUUGCAUACACCUCCUCCAUCUGUUGGUCCUACACUUGCCUACCCUGGACAAUUCUGCGGUCAGAUGCCAGGAGGAAAUAUUGUUCCACAACCGAAUACUUCAACCACCACAGUGGACAGUAUACAGACUCCAAUUUCUAGCUUUACACCAGAUCCGCAAUCAGUGAGUGGGCAGAUGAAUAGACAGCCAAUCUAUGAUGCAAGAAUGAGACAGCAGCCCAUUGUUCCUUUACCAGGUGGAAUUGGAGUUCCUCCUGGACCUACAGUGAGUGCAGUUGGUCAAUAUCAAUAUCAUUCUGGUGGUCAGCCAUUUAACCAGCCACCCCAAUCCCAGUUCACUAAUGUGCUGCCAUCAUUUGCUGGUCCUGCCCAGGGACCACAACAUAUGUUCCAGCAUCCAAAUCAGGUGCAUCCAAAUCAUGAGCUUCAUAUUAGGCCUCAAAUGCAUACUCAACAGCCUUAUCAAACUCAAUUUUUUCCCCAAACAAGACCACAGCUGCAGAGUCAACUAAGACCUCAAAAUGCAGCACAGAUUCCACCCCAUUCCCCAGUCCCACUUCCUGUACAACCUCAGCUUCAGGGUCAGCCUCAGAUGCAGCCGCAUUUAAGACCUCAUCUGUAUCAGCAUCCUGCUCAAGAUAAAGUGGCUGCACCAGGAACUCCAGCUCAUUCAGGCAAUGUUGUUUUUCCAGCCACUCCAAGUAACAUUCAACAGCCAGGACAGAACAUUCCUGCUGCAAUGGUUCCACAAUCUCAACAGUGCCAUACACUACCAUCUGCCACAGAGUCACAACCAAUGACAUUGCUACCUGGGUCCUCAGCUCAAGGGGUGUCAUCCAUGCCAUUCACAUCUACACCACCUCAUCUGCAUGCUGGGUCACAACCUGCACUUUUACCAAAUCAAAUUGGAGCACCUCAGCCUGUCUCAACAGGUCAUAUUGCAGUGCACCCAGUCCAGCCUGUGCCAAGUUCAGCUGUUGGCCAAAUACAAUCCAGUGCUAUUGUACCUGGAUCUCCAAUGCCACCUCCACCAGCACCUUCUCCUCAGCCUUCACAAGGGCAGGUUGGUACUCUUCCUGCUGCAAUAUUGCCCACUGCAAUACCUGGAUCCACUAUCUUACAGCAGAGACCGCCACCAUCUCUCACACCUGGAGCAACUGCAGCAACCCAAUCUGUCUCAGAGGUACCUUUUCAGAGACAAAACUCUUCAACUGAUCUCCUGUCAUCCAGUCCAGACAGCCAGCAUGGAGGGCCCCAGACAACUGUGACUCAGCCCCUUCUUUUGCCUACCAAAGUCGACUCAAAAGAAGGGCAAAAACCAAAGGGAAUUCAAAUCAUAGAGAAAGAUCCAUAUGAGAAACCAGAGCAUGUGAAAAAGUUGCUAACUGAGUUGGAAAGCUUUAAAACUAUUGUUGACUCCAUGGACAGGCCAUCAUAUGGAACCUUGACUGAGAUGGAUUGCAAAUGGAAGGACUUGCAGGAUGCCCAAGAAAAAGAUGUGAGGCAGUUGUCGAUUGCAGUUGCCCGCUGCUACACCAUGAAAAAUCGUCAUCAGGAUAUCAUGCCUUAUGACAAAAAUAGGAUUAUAAUCCAGUCAGGAAAGGAUGACUACAUCAAUGCCAGUAUGAUUGAGGACUUGUCCUCUUACUGUCCGAGAAUCAUAGCUACGCAAGCUCCAUUGGUGGGAACUGCAGCAGACUUCUGGCUAAUGAUUUAUGAGCAGAAAGUGUCACUCAUAGUUAUGCUUGUCUCUGAACAGGAAGUAGAGAAGCAAAAGGUAAUCCGUUACUUCCCAACAGAGCGAGGCCAACAGAUAGUACAUGGGCCAAUCACCUUGACUCUGACAACGCAGAAAAUAACACAGACUCAUGUGGAGCGAAUGAUUGGGCUACAGUAUCGAGAUCAGAGCCUGAAACGAACAAUCAUUCACUUGCAAUUUACAUCAUGGCCUGAACUGGGUUUGCCAGACAGUAAGAGUAACUUGCUGCGUUUUAUUCAGGAAGUACAUGGACACUAUCUACACCAGCGUCCACUUCAUACACCCGUUGUUGUCCAUUGCAGCUCCGGAGUUAGAAGAACUGGUGCUUUCUGUCUUGUCUACGCAGCUGUACAGGAAGUAGAGGCUGGUAAUGGGAUCCCUGACCUGUCUCAGAUUGUGCGGAAAAUGAGGCAGCAGAGGAAACACAUGCUUCAAGACAAGUUGCACCUGAAGUUCUGCUAUGAAGCCAUUCUCAGUCAUGUGGAGCUGGUUCUACUGAGGCAUGGAGUUAUCACUAGCUUUUCCAGUAAAGCACCCAGCAGUUCAUCUCAAAAGGUUUAUACCCGCCAGGAAUCCCAGGACUUAGUACUUGGAGGAGAUUUGCCAAUUAGCUCCAUCCAGGCUACCAUUGCAAAGCUCAGCAUUAAGACAUCUGCUGGGACCAUUGGAGAUGGCAAACUGAACUCCUUGCCUUCAGUUGACCCCAGUUUUGCUUUAUGGUCUGAUUCUCAGACUGCUACCUUACCACUGCCUAUAGAUAAUCUUCUGCAGCAGGACCUCAUGGUUGAGGUUACCAGUGCAGCAACAGAACCGACUACGCCAUCACAAAUGACACCAUCAAAUCGACCAUUAGCCGCAGAAAUAAACAACAUGAGCUCAGAGAUUUGUGAUUCAACCCAAGAGGAGGAUAAAAUGAAAGUGAGCCUAGGGAAUCAUCCAGCCACUUCUCAACCAGCCACCACCAACCACAUUAUGGGCAUAGACAGCAAGACCACCUCACUGGAUCUUUUGGCAUCCUUGACUGCAGAGGCCUUCACCCUAGACACCAACCCUCGGAACAGGCAGAAAAUCAGCAAACACAACUUCUUGCAGCCCCAGGAUGGCCAGGGCCUUCAGGCUACUCACACCGGCGAAGACCCCCUGAGCCUUCUGGACCCACUGUGGACUUUAAACAAAACAUGAUCAAUUGAUCUGAAAUAAACUUCUCCCAGGAUAAUGGACCAGAAUCUUUGGGAUUUGGAGGAUGCAUUGUUUUGAAGAAGGGCACAAUAAUAAAGCCUGAUCAGCCUUCGUUUGGAAUUCUGUCUAAUAGCGACAGAGUAAAAUUGCAAGCUAGUUGCAUGUGAACUGGAAAGAACAGUGCCCAGUCUUGAAUCAUAACCAAAUCCGGAAUGUGCAAAGAUUAAGAAUUACCAGUUGCUUUCAAACCUAGGAUACUUUGCUUGAGUAUGUUUAAACCAUCCCUUCCCCCACUGAUCGGGGCAAAAAUAUUAUUUCCAAUUGUCAACAUUUGUUUACCUGUUGACACAGGAGGUGUUUUGGUAUGUUGAGACUGACUCUUGCUCAGGAUGUGCUUCAGAUAUCCCACACAGGAAUUAAAAAAAAAUUCAAAAUGUAAUAGCCUGGAAUGCUCGCAUGUCCUCCUUUUUGACCUUGGGAGGUUGUUCCACUCUGUGUUUAUUCCUGUACUUUAUGUGGUCUGUGUUUAACCUCUAAUCCUAAUCCAGGCACACUUUGACAUUUUUGCCCAUUACCCCUAGAACUGACCCCUGUUGAUGCAGAAUUUUUCCCCUCAAGCAUCUUAAAUGUUGAGUUUUCAUGCUUCAUGUCCUCUCCAUUACUUGUAAAGGUUGGUUUGGCAGCAAUACAAGUUGACACUGCUCCCCAGUAGAUUUUCAGUGGUUUUAUUUAGGGGCUUUGUUUGAUGGCACAGCUUCAUUUAUUUUCCUCUUGUUUUCUCAAAUACUCUUCCUGAAGCACUGCUCCAUACUCUGCUGUCAUUCCAUGGCUACUGGUCAUUCUACAGUACCUCACCCAAUCUCUAUCUUUCCUGUGUUGAAUCUAGACCGAGUGUCUGCAGCCUGCUUAACUGAGGGAGUCGGGUGCGACAGUUUUUGCUAGAGUGGUGUUUCCCAGUUUGGCAUGCAGUUUCAUACCUCUUGUGUUACUGGCUCAGCAAUUUUGCUGCUUCCUACUGUCAUCAGGUCUGCCCUAGGUCAACGCAUUUUUCAAGAGUGGGAAACUGAUCAAAGGCAGAAAUGAUUUUAGCUCAUCACUAGUGGUGCACAUGGAGCUAAGUCAGAGUUGUUUUGAGAAAGUCUAUCGGGGACUUCCUCCGAUAUUAGGGAAUGAUCCAUGCUGAGCAGUUCACUUUGUGUAGAUAGUCUGAGAGAUCAGCUCUUCCAGAUGAGUGGACUGUCCUACCUUUCCUUAGAUCAGUGAUAUAUCUGUUCCAACACCAAUGGAAAGUGCAGCCUUGUUCCAAAACCCAGGUCGAUACAAAGUCUGCCAAGAAUCUCUUGUGGCUUCAGCACCAACCCUCAUUGCCUUGGAUUGACUUCCAAUUUAAUUUUCCACUUCUGUCAACAGUUCACUCAAGCACCUCAGGAUGCGAACUAAACAAUGUCAGAGCCUGGCUGAGGCCCACCAUGGUGCUACUGCUAAACUUGCGCAUAGUACUGGUCCACGGGUUGCUGAGCAUUUGUCAACCCUUCCACCCGUGCAAAGAGGCUCACUGACUGGUGAACAUCUCCUGUUGCUUUUUUCUUUUUCAACACAGCAGUAUAUGAUAGAUGCAUUAUAAUGCCAAGUUUGGUAGUUGGUAUGGAAUGCUGCUAAAAUUUCUUGCUCAUUGGAAACACAUUAAUUUCUAUUGUUAGAAAAAUAAACAACCUCCAGCGUAUUGAACUACCAAACUUGAUGAAUUUAAAGUGAGACUAGUGGUCGGCGUUUUAAAACGCGCUAUCGAGUGUCAUUAGGAAGACUGCAGUAAUUCACUUGAAUGGCUUACACUUCCGAGUUAUUUCACUAGAAACUUGGUAUGUUGCUCCGUACAUAACUAGAGCUGUAAGUUCGAUGUCAGCUGGGAAGGUGGGAGGAAGAGGCCUGUAGGAGAUGGGGAAAUGUGACUUAAGUUGCUUAGCAUUUGAUUGCUAUGAAACAGAUAACAUUAGAGCUAGUACAUAACUGCUUUCCCUGUCCCAAUCAAUGAAUUUAGAGGUUUAUACAAAACUAAAACCAAUAUCAAUUACAUUAAACCAUACCAGUAAUUAUGGCUCCAAAUCUUUGUUCUGACCAAGUGACCAUAAAACACAUUAGAAUUGUUUGACUCUUCUGGUAUUUCAAGUUAACUUUCAGUCCUCUUGUUAUUUAUUCAACCGUCCAGCAGAUAUUAGUAUGUGAGCAUUGCUUUCGCUCUCCUUUUUUGAUAGACUUUAAAACAAAUAAAUAUACAACAGCUUGAUUUUUUUUUUCCCUCGGCUAUUGCACAUGAUCCCACAAUCCCAAACUUAAUACAGUGAGAGCAGCCUUUGGGGUCUCAAUUCGACCUCUGUCAUAGGUUUGUUUAUAGCACUCAUUCUGUUCCUGAAAUAUCCAUCACCCCAUCCCAACUUGUGCUUCCCUGUCGGAAUUGUGGGAAUCCUGUCUCAGUGAAGGAACAUGUUGGCUGCAUAUAACAUUGCUUUACCUUGAUGAUUAUCAUUUUGCUUUAUAGGUGGGUUUCUGUUUGUGUGGUCACUGUUCCCAAUAGAGACACAGCAGUACUCCAGACUUCCUCACAAUUGCAGUGCAAACAUUGAAACAGAAACUAAUAAUGUGUUAAUAAUGUUUCAUAAAAGGUGAAAAGUGUAAGAGGAGUGAGUAAUAAUUUGAGUACUUUUAUCUUUGGCCGUUGUCCCGUUUAAAUGUAGAUAGCAUACUUUUUGAUUUGGAGAAAACAUUACAGAAAUAAAAUCUUGAUAAUCAAGUGGUGCACACACAUCUCCAGAUCUGUGUAGAAUUUGAUUUAGAAAUGAAAAACAUAUUUCUGUACCAUUUCUCUCUCAAAAAUGACCUGAAGAGUUUGAUCUGCAAUGAAUUAUAUGCAAAACAUACUGAAACAAUAACAGAAAAUGCUAGAAACUUCUCGCAGGUCUGCCAGCAUAUGUAGAGAGAAGCAUCCACAUCUGAAAUAUUAAAUUCCCUGAUCUCUGUACAGAUGCUGACUGGCAGUGGUUCAGAUUUCAUGAAUAUGCAAGUUUUUGAUUUAUAUUUCUGCAGUUUCUGUGGAUAAACUAGCCAUGUUGCACAUAAUGUGAAGUCUAUUUAACCUUAAUACAAGCAACCCCUAACUACAGAGAAUUCGAGCAUGAGGCAGGUGCAAUAAAUUUCAACUAAUCUUUUGACCUAUUGUUUGUAUUGAAAAUAUAAUUGUAAAGAUUUAAAUCAGUAUAUCAACAAGGUGCAAUUCUUUAUAAAUCAAGGCUGCCUGGGCUUUUUGUCCUCUGCUCGCAUAGGCCCAUACUAAGAGCCUCAGGGCUACAGAAAGUUUAGAUCCAUGUCAGUGAUUUGUAUCCAUUUCAACUUGCUGGUAUUAUCAUUGAUUUUCUGAUUCCUGAUAUUUUUCCACCAGUAAGCCUGUGCCAAGAAUGGCUUGUUCUAAACCUCCUGGCCAAGACCAGCUCAUGAGUCAGGCAUACAAGGGCAAAAGGAUUGAAUGACCUAGAAUUGAAGGACCAGAUUCCCAGGCCUCAGUUAUCUCUUCAGUCAAAAGUGCAUUGCCCUCCCCCACCCUCCCUUUGAACUUUUGAUUUUUAUAAACUAGCCUUCCUAUGUAAUUAAAAAAACAAAAGCCAAAAGUUUCAGGCACCAAGUUUGCCCAGAUUUUCAGUAAAAUGGCACUUUUAUUUCCAGAAGUGCCUUAUGACAUUUUUUUUUAAAAGAACUGUCAAGCUACUUGGAGUGCAAAGGACCAUGGUGUCUUAAAUUGGCUUUUCCAACUCUACAACUGAAUUAACCAUUCAUGGAUGGUGCAAAGUAUAUAUCACGAAACAGAUUGAAUAAUAGUUUAUAUUAUAUAUGAAGUCAAGGAAGAUGGACAAGUUACCUUAUUAGAUUGCCUACAUUUGGAUCUCAAAUGGGACGCAGUAGACACUAAAAUCUCGAUGAGUCAGUUUUUGAUGUGUUUUCAUUGUUGCCUUGUUCCAAUUAGUAAAGGGAGCUCAGAGACAUUGUAAUCCUAUGGGUGAACUUACUUGAUAACUGCAAGUGAGUUAUUACAAACUAAAAUUUCUGUUAUGUCUCAAAGUUCCUUAUAUGUUCAAUCUGGAAUACACGGUUGUGUUGUAAUAAAAUCUGAGUGGUAGAGGGUGGUGUGUGGAGAUGAGUGAAGAUGUUCUCACUGGGUCCACUUAAAGUGAAAAAACCCUCAGGACAAUUAGAGAUUUUGCCCUUCUAAACUUGAGAUGCAUCUGGAGAGAAUAUUUUCAACUGUGUAACUGUAGAGUGGACACAGGUCUGUUGUUGAUGGUAGAGCAGGAACAAUUUGAUGUAUCACACAAGAAGUGUUUUAGUGCAGCAUUUAAUAGCUCAAAUCAAAUUUUUCAAAUAGGAAAUUUGUAUGGGAACAGCAACACCUCGUUUCAAGGCACACACCAGAUAAAGUUCUUUCACUAUGUUGCUGAUGGUUUCAAUUGGGAGAGUAUAUUUGUCACUUUUCUUUAAUCAGCAAGUCUGUGUUAAAAUGACAUUGAAUAUGAAAACAUUGGAUACAAUUGAUAGGUGCCAACUGAUUUUACAAUAUGACUAUAACAAUUCUUCCAACUCAGUUUGUGCCAAAAGACAAAUGCUAAUUCCAGCUGUCUAAAAUAGACUGGGAGGGAUGUGGAGAAGAAACCUGCACUGCUGCCUGCAACUGUGUUUAGAAGCUAUCCUGGAACCAUCUGUGUCCCAAGAUUGCCAGACUGCAGACUGACUGAAAUUGAUUCUGACUGUUUACUCUCCUCCUUUCCCCUGUUAGCCCUCAAUUAGCCUCUGCAUGUAGGACACAAUAUUAGGAGGUCCCUGACAUAUCGCCCUAUUUACCCACAGAAACUUGCAAAUUUGUUGUGAGCUUAUAUCUCUUGAAACAUGCUAUUAUUUUGUUGGCAAGCAAUUGGAAUUUGAGCUAAUUCCAAAGGUUGGAACAGGAGAAAAUGGGGCAAACUUGGAUGAGUGAAUUUGAGCUAACUGCUGACCUCAUUUCAAUGGCUUAGAUCCACGUUCAGGGAGACUUGGCUAGUCUGGUCUGGCCAGACGUCAGUGAAUUUUUAGGUCAUUUCUGGGUGCAAAGUCUCAAAUGCUUGGACUCCAUGUCUCUGGGUUAGAAUGGAUGUUGUGUGAUGAAGUAAGCUCACACCCUAACCCUGAAUCUGAAGUGGCACUUGCUCUGUAAGCUGUCAGCUCUCCUUUUAUUUUUAAAUUGCCCUUUAGACCUGGUUAGCCUUGUGUCAUAUGAGCCAUGCACCUCAAUUCUGCGCAAAGAAAGUCCAGUAUCAUUACACACAGAAUUACUAACGAGUUAUAUGAGGAAUCUUUAUUAAUUGGUUUAAUUUUAGUUUGUUAAAGAUAUUGUUCUGCUAUUCUGAAAAUGAGAGUUUCCAUUCCUUUGUUUACAGUUCUUAACUAUUUUCCUUUAAUCCUUGUUCUUUUGUACAGAGUAAUCCUGCUCAUUACCUUUUAAAAUCUGGAAUUCUGUGCUAUCAGCACAGAGAUAAAUGGCAGUUCGAGAUUCACUGUCUUAGUUUAGCAUAUUGUGAUUGGGGGGUGGGUGGGGUUGUUGCGUCUUUAAUGAGACUGAUCAACCUUUUGCAUGUGUACAAUAUCCAAUAACAAACACUAAAUUUCAAUGGUACAUUCCACUGUAAUAUAAUAAUGCUAUAAAUAAUUAUUUGAUUA